GUUAAUACUAUUCUUAAGUCACCUAAUUGUUUCUAAUUAGACUGAUACUAAAAUUGCAAAGCAUUUUUAAAUGUCCCCAUGUCCCCCUUAGCCUGUUUCUCUUGAGGUUUUUAUGUCCUGGCACUGUACCUCUGUGGUGCUCUGAGCUUGUGUAGGGCUAAGAUCAGAUAGCCCAUCAUAGGGCUCCACUGGGCUCCUCUGCACACAGGACUUUCAGGGAAGUAUUGCUUAAAAAGGGCAUGAAAAAAAUGGCACAACUGUUUGAAGUCUUUAAAUGGAUGCAUUAGGAGGAUUGUUGAAAACCUAUUAACUGCUUUUUCUUAAGGAUGCAGGAGAACAGGGUGCCUCUCUUUGAAAAUAGAAUACAAAAGCAGAUUCUUGCAGGAUUUCAUCUGGAGGCAGGAAUCCAUUCACAGACUCUCACACGAAGCAUUUUGAAAACGGAACUGUAGUGAUCUGUGUGAAAGUAUUUCGAACAUCUUGUUCAAUGUCAAAAGAAGUAUAUUUAGACUUGAUCAUACUGUUACACUUUUUAAUUAAUGAAUGCAGUAAUAGGCAAAUGAGUUCUAUUAGCCUUCUGCUUAACAAAAAGAAACAGGUAAUUUGUCAGCACCAGACAGUUACUGGUCAUUUUAACAAACAUGACUGUUUGAAUAAUCUCUGGAACAAAACUUGAAAUGAGGUAGCAAAACAAAUGUUCAAGAAUUCAAUUAAGUCUGAACAGAUGCUCAUAGGAUAAUAGAUAUAAAUGUUCCUCAGUUUAAAAAGGACAAACCACAAAGCGUUGGAAAUUCUGCUAGAUCUGCUUUUGUGAGAAGAAGCCGAGUCUAUUCUUAACCAUGCACACUCAGAAAUUGAGGGAUACCGAUUAUUUUUCUGGUAUUGCUACAGACUUAACUUUAACCAGGUCAGUUAAAUCCAGACCUCUGAAAGUGUUUAGAUUUUUGAUGCUGUGUAUUGCUAGGCCUGAGUGACUUAGGGCUCAGACUGGAGGCAUUGUAGAAUUGCCCUUUAAACAAAAUCCUAUGCAAGUCAUUAUGUUUCUGGCAUAUCACAUUGCAGCUGAACAAUACCAACCUGCAGUGAAGCUGGAAUUGUCAUUACUUUUGUCAUAUUUGUAAUUGCAUCCUCUGUUAUGCUAUAUUCUUCAUGGAUGCAUCAGUGGCUGGUUGUGGGUAGCUGACUUAGAUCUUUCCUUAUUCUGGCUUUGGAAGACUUAACACAGUCCUCACUGUAACACGCAAAUUCAUGCUCUGCUAUACAUGUUCUGCUUUGCUAUUCUCACUGCAUGCUUUAGGGAUAUCCUUCUGCCCAGGACAUCGGAAGACUGUACUGCUGCCAUCACCUUUAAAUUGUAUGAUGCGACAGCUGAUGUUUCAGUUGUAGAGUACCAUCUUGCAGCCCAGGACAACAGGCCUAUGCUUUGAAUCUCACAGCAGGUGGAGCAGUGAGUCAGCCUGAAGCUCUUGAGAGACCAAAGCAAAGACUUAAGUCUGUGUGUGGAAGGGUUAAAGAAAAAUAUCUCUUGCAGCUUUAGAGGGAAGAUCAGUCUCUUGAUUGUAGGGAGCUGGAUUGCAGUCCCAGCUGAGAAAUGCAUGAGGAGCAUGACGCCAUGUCCUUCGCAUACAGCGUCAGAUGGAAUUAACACAAAUAUCCAGAGGAAAUUUAUAUUGUGAAUCUUUGUGGAGGUUGUAGGAUAUCACUUAUGGAAGAACGUCCUUAGUGGUUGAGUGUGAAAUGAGCUGCUGUAUGAGGAAGCAGUGUCUGGACAAGUCUGACAUGUGGUGAUGCCUUUUUCCAUUUUUUCUUUUUUUUUUUUUUUUUUUUUUUUUUUUUCUGUGGCAAGGCCCAUCCAGGCCCUGUUCUGCCUUGUCUUCUCUGUGUCAUGGCAUAACCCAGCCCUCCUAAUACAAGUAGUUGCUAGCAGUAAUAGAUGAAAAUUCAGUGUCUUAAAAAACCCCUAAGAUGACGUCUUGUCUGCAGUGUAGUGCUGCAAUUAGCUAAAAAUACAGGUUCUGUAAUUUUAUGACACCCUCCUCUCUGUUGUGAACUUUUCAUUCAGAUCCUACCUGUGAUUCUGUCACUGUGCUCCUGAUCUAAGUGAAGUGUUGAAGUUUUAUAUAUGUGCUUACAAAUAUUCUAGGCUUUUUCUGCAGAGAAUAGGAAAGGUGGGUUCGCCAGUACCCUGACAGAAAUAGUAUGUUGGCAGAAAAUUUCAAGUAGCUGUAGUGUCAGGGGAAAAAAAAGUCAGUGCACUGUGAAAUGAGGAGGGUGGGGGAAAGUUGUUGUAGUAUAGGCUGUCGGUGAGAGUUUGGUGUUCUCCGGAUUUCCCCUCACUGGCAGCAUUUGAGGCAAAAGGCUGGGCCACCUAAAGAACUUCUCACCUGCCACCUGCUCCAGCAGUGCAAAGGGGGUUGCUGUCCUGCAGUAUUCCUCUGAAGCUCAGGAGUUCACACAGUGAAUACCCCACAGUGUUUGGCUUCCCACCCGGGACACAGCAGCAUGCUCGCUGUUGUGGCAGAGGCAGAGUGACCAAGUCCCGUUUUCAAAAGGUUUCAAGUGAACGUGUUAGCCACUGCAAUAUUUGACCCUGACAUAAGGUCUGACUUUCAGCUGAUUUUGAAAAUGACAUCUGGUAAAUCACUAGAAUCAGAUUGCUUAAAGGUAUUUGGAAGACUCUGAGCCUUUUGUCCUUGCCACACUAAAAUUCUGGGUUUAUAUUUUUUCUGUGUGGAAUCUAAAUCCUUGCUAAACUGAGGGUAAAAACAUGGAGGUGUAUUGUAAAGCUUAAGCUGUUUCCCAUUGAGAAUUGUUUCAGUGUCCCUGCAUUCCUUCCUGGAGGGAUUUUUUUUUUACCUUUUGUUUUCUGUAGUUGUUCGGAUAGGGUAGUUCAAUAUAGUUCAUAGAUUUGCUAUGUUACUUUGACAGAGAAAUUUGAUGAAGAAAAUAAUUGGGCUACGUUAAUGUACGUAUGCAGCACUGGCUGUUGCAGAGCAAAGGAUUCUCUAGCAUGUGAAGUUGUGGAUAUUUGCGUGAAACAAUGCUGGGUGGUCGCAUACAUACUGGUGCAGAGUUUUUUGCAGUUGUGCAAAACAUUGUCCUGACAAGAAACUGUUAUUUUAAAAAAAACCACUGCUACUGCCUCAAGUAUGGCAAGUAAAAAACCUUUAGAGUCACAUUUUUCAGGGUGCUUUCUUCAGUCAGCUGAAAAUCUCUUUCGUUUAGAGUCAAACUUUUUUAUCAACAGUUUAAAGCUAGUGAAGGUCUCUGUGAGGGAGGAAAAAAAAUACUUUAUUAAUUUGCUUUUCAUUGGGUUUGAACCGUUUGCAUCUGUUCGGAAAAUCGGGUGAAAGGGAAGUUCCGCCCUGUAGAGCCCUCUCGUGGUGAUGGGCUUAAUAAACGGGGGAGGGGUUGGGCUUGGGGGUUGUUGAUUUAUAGUCUGGUUACCACUGAAAAUAGGACAGAGGUUUUGUUUUGGUUUUGCUUUUUUUUACUGCUUUAAUGCAAAUGUAAGUUCCUCUACUCUUAAUCAUUUGUGGAUUGAAAUAUACUUUGUAUGUAAUUGAAAGCAACUUGCUAAGCCCUGUAAUGAGUUUUACAUUGCCCCAUAUCUAUACGGAUACCUACAAAUUGAAGAAUGGACUUAAAUAGAAAUUCUGUUUUGUUGCUACUGAUCUGGGACAAGUGGGAAGGGAAAGUGUCACUGGAGGUUGUAAAAUGCCCCUCUGACACUAGUGAUACUACCUAUUUUUGGAAGAUAAAAAUGGCCUGAGGGUUUGGAUUUUUUUUUUUUCUUAUGCCAGUAUUAAAAAGCAAUGUGGUAAACCAUAUUUUAUCUGGCUUAGGAACUGUAGUUCCAACUUUCUGAAUUAUUUGUAUACUUUGUUAUUUAAUUCCUUGCUUUAUCUUUUUGGCUUUGUUUUAUGAACUGCAGUGUUCUAAAAAAAUGUCUUUUAGGUUAAUGAUAAGUAAUGUCUGCCUUUAACUUUUGCUUUUUUCUCUCAAUUCCUGUUGCUGUAAAAUUACCCAAGUUUAAGAGAUGAAGAGAUGGAGACAAUGUACAUAGGAUGGACAGCACAUACUAGAAACUUGUGCUUUAACCAACAAGUACACAUAAAAUCUGUAUGGUCUCAAAGUCUGGAGUCCUAUCUGAGUAAAAAUAGUAAUGCAUUGCUUUUCUGAGUCAAUCAGCUUUACAAGCUCUGAUUUGUAGGGAAACUGCAAAAUCUGAGGUGCUCUUGAAAAUCUUGACAAAGUUUUAGGGGAGGAAAGCAAAGAGAUCAAAUUAUCACUAUGCUUUUAUCUUUUGAGGCAGGGCUCUGGGGCACUAGGGAAGUGGCUUCGUUGCCAAACAGAUCAUCUUUCCUUUCAGAACCUUCCCACCCUGUUCCUGCCUAAUCCUCUUCUAACAGGAAAAAUACCAUAAUGCAAGUACCCUGAGACCUCUAGGGUCCUGUUUUUUUUUGAUGGUGGAACUGUUUGCUGGUAGAGCUGUGGUAACCAUCGUCUGUAGUAGUGACGACUGAAUUUUGUGACUGCAGAAGUUUGAUAACAAACUUUGUUACCUUUAGAUUCAAAUGGGUGAAGGAUGCAGGAUGUCUGUUUUGCAAAGCUGAGGGGUGGGAGGGAAUGCUCUUGAGUGUUUCACGGGUCAGAGAAGGGAGAGCUCUUCAGGUAGCCUUUUCUAGGGGACGGCUAUGUUCCUCAAUACUGCCUGUGGCACUACACCCUCUUACUGUUCAGAAGUCACAGCCCUGGGGUGGGAGCCUGCUUGAGCUGCCUGCGAACCACAUACAACUGAAGAACCACUGGUGGCUCAUCCUUGUCACUUUUAUACCUAGUAUACUGAGUACAGAACUGGAGGCAAAAACUGUGUGAAGGGGAACUGGUGGAAAACACCUUCUUUGGUUGCUUAUACUGAUACUGCUCUUUGGACAAGGGUUUAUUGCAGCUAAUACUUAUGCAGGAUUUUGUGAAAGGUCUUUAUUUUGGUGUGCAGCUACCUCAUCACUGAAGAGAAUGAGAUUCUGCUGUUCAAGGCUUUGGGAAAUAAUUUUCUGCCCGGUAGCAUGCUUUGGAAAAUUUGCGUGAAGUAAGCUUGUGUACGUGUUUGGGAGAGGGAGGAUGUUCAGACUUGUAAAACGUAUUCAAAACCCAUUUUCUGCAGACUAGUCUAUUUAAUAAAUGUAGCGAUUAAGUUUCCUGAAAAUCAUGCUUCACUUUAGAAAAUAGUGGGCUGUGUUCUUCCUGUGUUUGUGUCAACUUGAGAGUUUAAAUCAGACUAAGAAUCUUGGUGAAUAGGUCUUUAAGAAUUUGAAGGGAUGGACUUUAAGCUUAUCCUGCAUUUUAAAGAAAUAGACAUUUGUGUCUUCAUGUUGUGCUGCGGUUUUGUGUGUUUGCUGUGAUGGUGGGAAUUAAUUCCAAGCCAGGCUGAUGACCAACUGACCUGAUUCAACUUUUUUUGAGGUUUUUGAAGUGUUGCACAAGAGGUUUGAAGGAGAAAGUUUGGGGGCAUGUGAUGAUUAAUCUCUUUAGCAGUAAGAAUGAAGUUUAAGCAUGCUGUUGGAAACGUUGUACUCAGUUCUGUGCUGCUCUUUGUUUUAAUUAACAAUCUCCUGCAUAGAUUGGGAGUGUAAACUUCUUUGCACUUUAGUCCAAUUAAAUCAUGCUUGGAGGUUGUCAGUGGUGCGGGGAACUCCCCCCUACCCCCCUUUUUUUCAGUUGUUCAGUGAGUCUGUGGAAUAAAGAAAGAAUUUGCCUGACAGGGUUUUGUACUGUUUCAUUGUCUUGAUGAAUUAUUGCGGAGAAUAGGCGACAGUCUCUUUUGUCCAAAAUGCAUUGGAAUGAUUCAUCCAAUUCCUCAGAAAGUGACAGUGAAGCUCAUUCAGCCUUUACGCAGACUGAGCACAACAUAGUUGCAGCUUACUUAAUAACAGCAGGAGUGGUAAGCAUUUUCAGUAACAUUGUUGUGCUAGGCAUCUUUGUUAAGUACAAAGAGCUUCGGACAGCAACCAAUGCAAUUAUUAUCAACUUGGCUUUUACUGACAUUGGUGUUAGUGGCAUUGGUUACCCCAUGUCUGCUGCCUCAGAUCUGCAUGGAAGCUGGAAAUUUGGAUAUACUGGAUGUCAGAUCUAUGCUGCCUUAAAUAUCUUUUUUGGGAUGGCGAGUAUUGGUUUGCUCACUGUUGUUGCAGUUGACCGUUAUCUGACGAUCUGCAGGCCUGAUAUAGGAAGAAGAAUGACUAGCCGUAGCUAUGCCACCCUAAUCCUUGCUGCUUGGAUAAAUGCAGUCUUUUGGGCUUCCAUGCCUACUGUAGGCUGGGCUAGCUACGCUCCGGAUCCAACUGGAGCAACGUGCACAGUAAAUUGGAGGAAAAAUGAUGUGUCCUUUGUUUCCUACACAAUGAGUGUAAUUGCUGUUAAUUUUGUUGUACCCUUAACAGUCAUGUUUUACUGUUAUUACAAUGUUUCCCGGACAAUGAAACAAUAUGCGAGCAGUAACUGUCUGGAGAGCAUCAACGUAGAUUGGUCUGACCAAGUAGAUGUGACAAAGAUGUCUGUUGUGAUGAUUGUGAUGUUCUUGAUGGCAUGGUCUCCAUACUCUAUUGUGUGUUUAUGGUCUUCCUUUGGAGACCCAAAGAAAAUUUCUCCUGCAAUGGCCAUCAUAGCUCCUCUAUUUGCAAAAUCUUCCACAUUCUAUAAUCCCUGCAUUUAUGUCAUUGCAAACAAAAAGUUUAGGAGGGCAAUCCUGGCAAUGGUGCGAUGUCAGACAAGACAAGAGAUAACUAUAAACAAUGCCUUGCCCAUGAGCGUAUCUCAAAGAGCACUAACAUCAUAGAACUCUUGUCAUUUGCCUGCAUAAAUUACGUGGAAAGGAAUGAAAUCUGGGUUAAAGUUAAUUAAUCUUUUGGAAUAAUAAUCUGCCUUAGCCAGCCAGCUGUUUUCUGUUAAUCAUGGUAAUCUUUUUAGAU